UGUCAAAGCAACACUCACCGCAGAAUAAUAAAUGACAAGUACAGAGUCAGUAUUGUACAAGAGCUCGAUCCGCCAUGGGCCGUACAGAAUCGCAAGUCGAUAAGAAAAAAGUCUUCCCGAUAGAUAAGAGUUAUUUAUGCUUUACUCUCAAUGUUUUGAGCUGUCUCGGUAUAUGGAACCCAUCCAUGGAGAAAGGGCGCAAGUACUGGCUCUAUCAAGCUUACACAAUGUACUAUGUCAUCGUCAUAAUGUUGCUGAGGAUAUUGACUAUAUUGGUUCGAGCAAUCAAUGCUUCAAAUUCAACUGAAUUCUCUCAGGAAAUAUCACUCUUGGCAGUCUUGAUCUGUGAUGCUAUCAAAAGUUUCACUAUUAUAGUUCAUCGACCUGAGUUAUUAACCAUUCUCGGUAUAUUCAACUGGGAGAGAAAAAUCCUAGCAACUGACCAAAUUAAGUAUUAUAGGAACAGAGUGAUAACGACAGCCAUGCUGGCAACGAAGAUAUUCACAAUCGCCGUUGCAAUAUUUCUCACCAAUUACUUCCUGUUUUAUUUCUACGUCAUUUGGAAAUAUUCGGAUUAUGAGAUAAAAAAGUUGCCGAUAGGUUCACCACCUCUGAAAUAUUGUUUCAUCCUGACAAAUUACUGGGUGGCCAUCAGCAUUGAUUUUGUGAUAUUCACAGCCCUAGGAUUGAGUGCAGUCUGUCAUGAUGCUUUCAUAAUGGGUGUGAUGAUACAUGUGAUGGGACAAUUGAAGAUUUUGAAUUUUCGAGUGGAGAGAAGUUCCAUGACGAGUCUGAUCAAGACUAGUGAUGAUGAAGUUGAGGAGAAUUCCAAGGUGAUUCAGUUUGAGUGUGUCGAGAGAGAGAGUAAUGAAUCUGUCAGGCUUGACCCCAAUGAAGAGCUUAUCAACUGCAUCAGACAUCAUCAACAAAUUUUAAAGAUAUUGGAGAUAUUCAGGAAAGUUUACAACGUAUUACUUCUACCUCAAUUAUCAGUUAGCUUGAUACUGAUCACCAUUAGUGGAUUGCAAAUGAUUCUGGUUAAAGAUGGUGGGAACCUUGAUGGGACACUAGUGGCUUUGGUCUUCUGCAUAACAGCUGUCAUCCAACUUUUCGCCUUCUGUUGGGGUGGCAACAUCAUCCUCGUCGAGAGCGACAAAACGAGCUUUGCAAUUUAUUCAGCCCAGUGGUACGAUCGAGACAUCGUAUACAGGAAUAAUAUUAAAAUAUUUCUGAGUCUCGUGAGGAAUCCUCUGAUUGUCAGUGCUGGUGGACUCUUCGACUUAUCAGCGGUGACCUUCAAAAAUAUUCUGACGAAGGCAUAUUCAGGAGUUGCUGUACUACAGAAUGUGCAGGACUGAUGAUGCUGAAUCAGAAUUAUAUAGUCGCUUCUUAGGAUAAACCAUUAUUUUCCAUUUCGGAGUAAUCGGAUGAAUAUAUUUUCACUUCUGAGUGCAUAUUGUAUUGUUCUGCGCUAUUAAAUGAUGAAUGAAUGUGGAUGGAAGUAGUUAAUAAAUUUAUUCCACUUGUUGUUGAUUUUCAAAUAUUGUUUCAAGUAAUGUGUUCACCGACGUCGAAUUUUUCAACAGGCAUCGAUGAGCGGGAAGUCGCUAAUAGAGCAGCCGCCUGUACCGACAUGGUUUUUCCUGUGGUUUCCCAUGUUGCUCAUAUGUUCUAUAGGAGAGUGAAUAUGAUACAGCUUAGGGCCCAC